AUGGCAAUGUCACGCAUGGUCAAUAAGAAGUGGUCGAGAUGGCUUGUCUCGAACCUCUAUGUGUUGAUCGUGAACCCCAGCAGGGCGAACAGUCAACGCACCCCCACCCCCAACCUCACCCCAUCCGAGCCGACUCCGAAGAGACCUGCAUCAAAGAGAAGAUGCCUUUAUAAAGAGAACGUCAAGGGUGAUUCCAAUGCCUCGGACGAAGUCGAUCUGCGAACAUCAGCCCAACAAGAAUCAACAAUGGUGCCAGAGGCCUCGAGCUGGGCUGAUUUAGAGAACGAGUCCUUGGACUGGGAGCCUCCAUGGGAUAGCUCUGAAGGUUACCCCAGAGGAUGA